GGGCCGGCAGCCGGCAGGGGGCGGCGCAAGCGGCCGGGCAGCGACCAGGAGGCGGGGAGCAGCAGCGACGAGGGCAGCGCAGUGGUGCGCAAGGAGCGGCGCCGGGAUGCCCCCAACCCCAUGGUCCAGAAGACCCAGAGAAGCGUAAAGGAGAAGACCUCAUAUGGGUCGAACAGCAGCAGCGAUGAGGAGGCAUCGCAAGGUGUCGGAGUCGCUUACAAAUCAACACGAUCAGCGAAACCUGUCGGCCCAGAAGACAUGGGUGCCACAGCAGUAUAUGAACUAGACACUGAAAAGGAGAAAGAUGCCCAGGCCAUCUUUGAGCGCAGCCAGAAAAUCCAGGAGGAGCUACGAGGGAAGGAGGACGAUAAAAUUUACCGAGGGAUUAAUAACUAUCAGAAGUAUGUGAAGCCCAAGGACACGUCUAUGGGAAAUGCCUCCUCAGGGAUGGUCAGGAAAGGGCCGAUCCGUGCACCAGAGCACCUGAGGGCCACAGUGAGAUGGGACUACCAGCCUGACAUCUGUAAAGACUACAAGGAGACUGGCUUCUGUGGCUUUGGAGAUAGCUGCAAGUUCCUGCAUGACCGCUCAGACUACAAACAUGGCUGGCAGAUCGAACGGGAGCUAGAUGAAGGGCGCUAUGGAGUCAAUGAUGAAGAGAACUACGAGGUGAGCAGUGAUGAUGAUGACAUGCCCUUCAAGUGUUUCAUCUGCAGAGGCUCCUUCAAGAACCCUGUGAUAACCAAGUGCAGGCACUACUUCUGUGAGGGCUGCGCCCUGCAGCACUACCAGAAAUCCAAACGCUGCUAUGUGUGUGACAAGCAAACCAAUGGCGUCUUUAAUCCAGCUAAAGAGCUCAUAGCAAAGCUGGAAAAGCACAAGGACAAGGAGUCAGAUCACUCGGAGCCUGGUGAUGAGCCGGAAUAGCACAACCCUCAGUUCCCUCCCCUACCCCCCAAGUUUUUGUAACUCUCAAAUAAAGGUUUGUAGAAAAAG